GUUUUCCCGCCAUUUUCAGCAGCCGCAAAAGUUAUCUUCUCUCUUGGUUCUCAUCGAAUCAAGACAAUUGAAGAAAGGGAGGAAGAAGAACGAACGAUCUGAGAAACAAAAUGAGUGGAACGUUGAGAAACAAAGUACAGAGGAAAUGCAAGAUGAGGGGUUAUACUCUCAAAGUAGAAGCCCUAACUGAGAUCCUUUCUUUCUUAAGCAACUAUGAAGACGCUGAAGAUGAAGCCCUUGAGCUCCUUCUUGAUGAGCUUCAACAUCAAUCAUUGAAGUCUUCAAUUCUGGAUAAAGAGCCUAUACAGCGUGUUGUAAGUCUGCUGUGUGAAGCUGCAUCUGCAACUGAUGAUACUCUUGGUACAAAUACGAGUUCCUCUUUCAGUGUAAUUGACGCCUUCCUGAUUCCAAAAUUCCGUUAUGAUCCUAUCAAAAAGAUUUUUUGCGAACAUACAGGGAGACUUCCGAUUCAUGGUGAUGCUUCUUCAAAAGCUUUGUUGUAUAGAGAUAGAUUUCUUUUGUUGUCUCAGAGACUUUCUCGAAUUCCACAGUUUUCUAGUUCUUCAUUUGAUAGUGAAUUAUCCGAAUUCGGUAGCUGUGAGAUAUCUAAAGUUCAAUCUCUAGUUGGACGAACUGGAGUAUGUUGGGUAAUGGGUGUCAUAUCUCAAUUAGAAGAUGGCCAUUUCUACUUAGAAGAUCUUACAGGAGCUGUUGAAAUCAAUCUUUCUAAUGUACAAAAUAACAACAGGGUAUUUUUCAGAGAACACCAUAGUUUUAGCUCAAGGUGAAAUGCUUUUAGAUGGUACUUUUCAAGUUCAAACAUUUGGUUUUCCACCAUUAGAAGAUAGAGAGAAGUCAACUUCUUUAUUCACAGGACUUGAUUAUUUUGGUGGUGGGACCCUUGCAAAAGAGGACACUAUUAGACUUGCAGAAAUGGAAUCAAGGGCAGUUAAUGAAAUGUUUGUCAUACUUUCUGACAUUUGGUUGGAUCAUGAGGGGACCAUGGCAAAGCUAGAGAUUGUUCUAGAUGGUUAUGAAGAAGUUGAAGUGGUUCCUUCUCUUUUUGUGUUAAUGGGAAAUUUUUGUUCACAUCCAUUUAACCUUUCAUACAAUUCUUUCUCAAGUAUCAGAUCGAGUUUUGGUAAGCUUGGGGAAAUGAUUGCAAAGCAUCCGAGGUUGAAAGAGCAGAGUAGAUUCCUUUUCAUUCCUGGACCUGAAGAUGCAGGUCCUUCAAGUGUUCUACCAAAGUGUGCAUUACCCAAAUACAUAACUGUAGAGCUUCAAAAGCACGUGCCAAAUGCCAUAUUUGCAAGCAAUCCAUGCAGAAUCAAGUUUUACACACAGGAAAUAGUAUUCUUCAGACAAGAUUUACUCUACAGAAUGAGAAGGAAUUGUCUGAUUCCUUCUUCAACAGAAGAAACAAGCGAACAUUUUGAGCAUCUUGUGGCAACAAUAACACAUCAAAGUCAUCUAUGCCCUCUUCCUUUAAGUGUUCAACCGAUUAUUUGGAAUCAUGAUCACUGUCUUCAUCUCUAUCCAACUCCACAUACUAUUGUAUUGGGUGAUAGUAGUGAACAAAAGGCGUUCAAAUACACGGGUAUUACUUGCUUCAAUCCGGGUUCUUUUGCAAAUGAUAACACUUUUGUGGUAUAUCGACCUUGCAAUCAAGAAGUUGAAUUAUCGGCUCUAGACACUUGAGAACACAAUAAUAAUUGUUUUGUUAAAGUUUGAAGUUUAGAGAAAAGAAUUAAGUAUUUAUUUUGAUUUUUAGUAAAUUAGAUGGAGUAGUUUUUCUUGUUUGCAAGUUGAUAUGAGAAUUUUGUUUGAGUUGAGAAAUACGUUUUUUUAGGCUUGCUUUUUGUUCAAAUGUUAUUCACUUGUUAAAUCUUUAUCUUUUUUUUGG